AUAAUUGGGAUUAAUUGAAAUAGUUUUUGAGCUAAUUUAAUUGAGAUCAACACAAAAUAAAAACAUAAAUAAUGAGUGAUUUAAUGAAGCCGGUUGCUGACGGGGAUGCUGAUCUCUUGAAGGCUUUAAUCAAACAGCUGAUUAAGGAGCAGCAAUAUGAAGGUGUAGCCUUGUUAUUCACCAACAACAAGGAAGCAGAACGUAAUCUACAACAUUUACCCAAGAUAGCAAUGGAUUUGUAUCAUGAUGUUUGUUUGGAAAACCUCAAUGACAAAGUUAACAAAGACAAUGCGUCAUUGUAUGGUUGUGCCGAAGAAUUGCUAAAAAUAAUAGCAUCCCAUGCACCGGUAGAGGAAUUGUUGCUAGAACUGUUAGAAUUGAUAGAGGACAAUAAAAGUGAAUAUGUGUUUACAUCGGCUUUAAGAGCCCUACAAAUUGUGCUGCUGCGACAAGGAGAUGAAAAACCACGUGCCUUGGAAUGGAGUCUGAAUUCAAUUUAUACACGUUUGGAAACUUUGCCAGUGCCAGAUUAUUUAAAGGAGGGCUACGAUGCUAAACAACAAGGUCUCUUGGAACAAGAUGAUCAAAUACAAAGUCUUUUAAUGCACUAUAUUACUGUGGGCUUGUUCUAUGAUCCUCUCAUAAGCGCUGUGUGCUCUAAACCCAGAGAAGAAAAGGAACUUUUUCGUAAUGUAGGCAUAACUAGACGCAAUGUUUUGUGUUGCUUUCUAAUAGAACUUUUGGGAAAACCUCUAUCACUUUUGGAUCUAACUAACGAUGGUGAAAGAAAAACCAACACCUAUGGCUUGCAGUGUGCUAAGUCUCUUACCCAGGGAGCCACCAAUUGUAUUCAAGAUCCCCUUUGUCUCUUAACAUUUGUAGAGAGUAGAGCCCGUUUCAAAAGACGUAAAGAUGAGGCAAAAGGUGUGCAUGAAAUGAGUUCCUGCAACAUUUUUCUUAUCGAUGAUAAACUGCCUUUAGAUUGUUUGGCCAUUUACUAUUAUAUGGUGUUUGUGGAGCGUAUAGAUAUAGAUCGUGUACCAUUAGUUUACCAUCCCUUGUAUAUUUUUGAAUCAUGUUUGUAUUUGAACUAUGAAUUAUUGCUGCAGGACGAGCCAGCGUUACAUGAAAAAUCUCUGUUACUCAUACAAAAACUGCUAGAGAAUCUAAAACAUCACUUAAUUCCAGUUUCUUCGCUAGAAUUGGAAAUACAUAAAUCGUUUUGUCUAACUUUAUGCAACCUAGUGGGUUACUCUGCACAUACCCAAGUGAGACAACUAGGAUUAAAGAUUUUGCGUCAAUAUGUCCACAGCUUUGAGGAUGAAGGCAAAUACUUGAUACUGAAGAAUCUAAUGAAGUCUGUAAAUCACCAUGGCCUCAAUGGUUAUUUAGCUACUUUGUACAAAGAUCUGGUAGCUGAAGCUCUGAAAAAUUCCAAUGAACUGCCUGCUACUUUCUGUGGCAAUGAUUUCCGUUACCUAUUCCUACAACACAUUUGCCACCUGCCACAAGGUGUUGAAACAGAUCUUCUGGAAAAUUCUGAUAAAAUCAUUUCGUCCCUUAAUGCUUUACGUUAUUUUGCCCUUAAAGAUGUGGAAAAUCGCACUGGUUUUUGGAAUUUUGCCACGGACAUUGAAUCAGUGUAUUUGGCUAGUUUACGCAAUGCUUUAGACAUGUCGGUGGCUCAUUUCAAAGCGGAAUUACAUAAUGUUGAAAAAGGCGUGGAUCGUUCAAAUUUAAAUCAACUUAAACUUUUGGAUAUUGAUGUGGCAAAUGACAAAGAAUCAAAGUUGGAUCUACAAAUCGAUCGAGAGAAGCAAAUUGGUAUUCUAAAUCAAAAUCUUUGUACAUUCGAUCUUAUGCGAAGUCUAUUGUCUAGGGCUUGUGAGUGUUUGGAGAACUCUGCACCGGCUAGUAACAACGAAACGGAUGUAAAUUUAUGA